AAGAGAAGGAGAAGAAGGAAAACUGAUGAUUAGUUGAUUGAUUGAUCGAUAACACCAGACCAAAGAUAUAAAAUACAUACCAGCAUGAUUUCUUCAUUAAGAAAGACUGUGUCAUUAGGCAAAAGUAUGAGGCUGGGGGACUGGAGAAGAAUGAACAGUUCAACUGUUAAAUAUGAGGUGGUUCUCAAGGAAGAGUUGAUUCAGGAUAAAACAGAGAAUAUUCUAGACCAAAUAUUUUUGAAAGCAGCUUCAGAACUACAAAACAAGGAUGAAAUAGAUUGGGAAAGUUCAAUGGAUAUAAUUAAAAGAACAGAACAGGUUCUUCCUGAAACUAAACAAACUGAAGAAGAUUUGGUGAAAAUAAGGGCUUCCCGGCCAAUAGCCUCCUUAGCCUCUAUAGUCAAUGAAUCAGCAACACUGCAGCGUCUGGUAGAUCUAGGAGUUAACCUCCACAAGUGGGAGGUCAGAGGUCACAUGGGAAUGGCCGUUAAACUUGAUUUCACAGAACACGUGGCUCCUAAAAUACGUUUUUUAGCAGACCUUGGAGUUCACCAUCAUAAGAUUGGAAUUGUGUUGUCAAGCUGUCCAGAAAUUCUGGAAACCCCUAAAGAGGAUCUUGUGGCUCGGGUUGCAUAUCUGGCGUCCAAGAAGUUUUCCAAAACAGAUAUUGCAGUUUUAAUUGCGAAUUGCCCUACCUGGCUUAAAUUCUCAGUAAAGGGUAUUGAUGGACGUUUAGGAUUCCUUCAGAAAACCUUUAAGCUCACUGGGGACCAGGUGCGUGAGGUUGCAAUCCGUUGUCCCAGACUAGUGUUAUGGAACAAUCUAUUGAAGGGUGUUCGAGAGAAGAUGUUUGCAUUCUAUGAAGAAAUGGGAUUCUCCAAGCAAGAGAUUAAAAGCAUCCUACUCCAGGACCCGGGCAGUUUCAUGAUUAAGUCUAAUCCUGCACUUCUAGACCAAUUCGAUCUGUUGCAUAACCAGAUUGGGAUUCCUCAUAGUAUACUGGUUAAGUUCCCAUCUGUUCUUAGAAGAUCUGUGUAUACAAGUGAAGGAAGGCAUAAAUUUCUGACCCAUCUACAUAAAGCCCAGUACAACCCAAAUCUUCCUGGUUAUGUUUCUCCAGCCAUGCUUGCAGAGGGUACAGAUGAGGAGUUCUGUGAAAAAGUAGCAAAAUGUGAUCUUCUUCUAUUCCAAAAAUUUCUUAGGACUAUUUAAAUGUCUGUCCAUUUUACAGA